UUCUGAUUUGCGUUUGAAAUUUGUAUUUAACUUCAUUUUAUUGAAAAUAAUAAAAAGUUCGUGUGAAUGUGAGCGUUUCUCUGUCUAGCCGCAAUUCUAAAAAUUUUUUUUGUGAGUGGUGCGUAUGUGUAUUGAAUGAAUCUUGAAAUAAAACAUUGACAAAAUUUAUUUAAUAAAUUAUUAAAUAAAUAUAUUCAAUAAACAAGAAAAGGAGCCAACAAGCAACAUAUAUAAAUAUAAUAAUAAUCUUAAGAAAAGAACCAAUUUUGAAUGGGUGGUGAAUUUUGCGUGAAUAUCUGUUAAAGCCGCUUCAAAUAACAACCAACUGCAAUCAAUUUAAAUUAAGAUAAAAUAAGAAGUUACGAUAAAGAAAAUAAAAUCGAACAAUUCAAAAGGUUUUGGUUGAUUUGUAACAAAAUUUGGAUUCAAAUUUGAGUAAAAUAUUAAAUAAACAUCUAUCAAAGGGUCCUUAUACCAACCAUAUAUAUAUAACAAAAAUACGAAUUCAUAUCUUAUUGCAAUAACAUAUGCAUAUAAAAAGCACUUGUUUGCAUAGGAUAUCGUUUAAAAUAUAGAGAGAAAGUAUUGAAAACAUUAAAGAUGGCGAUGACUACAUUAUCAGCCGAAGAGGCUAGAAAACUACUUGAUUUCAGUCAGAAACUUGAUAUAGGCCUAUUGGACAACAUUGUUGUAUCUUUAUACACUUCUCAAGGUGAACAAUUACGUUUGGCACAGGAAAUUUUAACAACAUUAAAGGAACAUCCCGAUGCGUGGACACGGGUUGAUAGUAUAUUAGAAUUUUCACAAAAUCAGCAAACGAAAUUUUACGCACUGCAAAUAUUAGAAGAAGUUAUUAAAACAAGAUGGAAGAUAUUGCCACGUAAUCAAUGUGAAGGUAUAAAGAAAUAUGUUGUAAGUUUAAUUAUAAAAACAUCAUCAGAUCCCGAAACGAUGGACGCAAAUAAAGUAUACUUAAAUAAAUUAAAUAUGAUAUUGGUACAAAUAUUAAAGCGUGAAUGGCCUAAAAAUUGGGAAACAUUUAUUGGUGAUAUCGUUGGUGCGUCAAAAACAAACGAAAGUUUAUGUAAAAAUAAUAUGGUUAUAUUGAAACUAUUAAGUGAAGAGGUAUUUGAUUUCUGUUCUGGCCAAAUAACACAAACAAAAGCCAAACAUUUGAAGGAUACCAUGUGUUCAGAAUUCUCACAAAUAUUUCAGUUAUGUUCAUUUGUUUUAGAAGGCUCGAUGAACGCACCAUUGAUUGAAGCAACUUUGGAAACCCUUUUAAGAUUUUUAAAUUGGAUUCCUCUUGGUUAUAUAUUUGAAACAAAGUUAAUCGAAACAUUAAUAUUUAAACUUUUAAACGUUCCAAUGUUUCGUAAUGUAACAUUAAAAUGUUUAUCAGAAAUUGCUGCUCUAAGUGUCCCACAAUAUAAUAAUAAUUUUGCUCAAUUAUUCAAAGAAACUAUGGAACAAUUGGAUCAAAUGUUGAAUCCAAAUACAGAUAUGAAUCAUAAUUAUAUGAACGGUACCGAUCAUGAACAACAGUUUGUGCAAAAUUUAGCAAUGUUUCUAUGUACAUUUUUAAAAGAACAUGGUAAACUUGUUGAGGAAGCACAGUAUGUUGAACAUUUGCAGAGAGCCUUAUUAUGUUUGGUAAUGAUUUCAGAAGUUGAAGAUGUUGAAAUAUUUAAAAUAUGUCUCGAAUAUUGGAAUAGUUUAGUGGAUGAUCUGUAUAGCUCAGAUCCAUACGCUGGUAAUCAAUGUAAUCAAUUUGCGAAACGUACUGUGUUAUCUCGUCGACGUUUUUACGCUGAUAUAUUAUCGAAAGUACGCUAUAUUAUGAUAUCACGUAUGGCAAAACCAGAAGAAGUUUUGAUUGUAGAAAAUGAAAAUGGUGAAGUUGUGAGAGAAUUUAUGAAGGAUACAAAUGCUAUUAAUUUAUAUAAGAAUAUGCGUGAAACGCUUGUGUUUUUAACACAUUUAGAUUAUGCUGAUACGGAACGUAUUAUGACAGAAAAAUUGAUGAAUCAGGUGAAUGGAACAGAGUUUUCGUGGAAAAAUUUAAAUACUUUGUGUUGGGCAAUUGGUUCUAUUUCAGGGGCGUUUUGUGAAGAGGAUGAAAAACGUUUUCUAGUAACUGUUAUUAAAGAUCUACUAGGCCUUUGUGAACAGAAAAAAGGCAAAGACAAUAAAGCUAUUAUAGCUUCUAAUAUAAUGUAUGUUGUGGGACAAUACCCAAGAUUUUUACGAGCUCAUUGGAAGUUUUUGAAAACCGUUGUAAAUAAAUUAUUUGAAUUUAUGCAUGAAACUCAUGAUGGCGUACAAGAUAUGGCAUGUGACACAUUCAUCAAAAUUGCUAUGAAAUGUCGUCGUUAUUUUGUAACAAUACAACCAAAUGAAGUUUGUACAUUUAUUGAUGAAAUUUUAAGCACAAUGAGUACCAUAAUAUGUGACUUACAGCCACAACAAGUUCAUACAUUCUAUGAAGCCGUUGGAUAUAUGAUAUCAGCACAGGUUGAUCAAGUUCAACAAGAUGCUUUGAUUGAACGUUAUAUGUAUUUGCCCAACCAGGUUUGGGACGAAAUUAUAUCAAGAGCCUCAAAAAACGUAGAAUUCUUACGUAAUAUGGCUGCAGUUAAACAAUUGGGUAGCAUACUUAAAACAAAUGUAGCUGCUUGUAAAGCAUUGGGUCACAGUUAUGUAAUACAAUUAGGUCGAAUUUAUUUGGAUAUGUUAAAUGUUUAUAAAAUUAUGUCUGAAAAUAUUAUACAAGCUAUAACAGUCAAUGGAAUGAAUGUCAAUAAUCAACCGUUGAUAAAAGUAAUGCAUGUUGUCAAAAAGGAAACUUUAACUUUAAUAUCUGAGUGGGUAUCUCGUUCAAGUGACAAUCAAAUGGUAUUGGAUAAUUUUAUACCACCUUUACUAGAAGCGGUUUUAUUGGACUAUCAAAGAUGUAAAAUUCCGCAAGCACGGGAGCCUAAAGUUUUAAGUACGAUGGCAGUUAUUGUAAAUAAAUUAAGAAAUUUUAUAACACCGGAAGUACCAAAAAUAUUCGAUGCUGUCUUUGAAUGCACAUUGGAUAUGAUAAAUAAAAAUUUUGAGGACUAUCCACAACACCGUACAAGCUUCUAUGAAUUAUUACAAGCAGUAAAUGCUUAUUGUUUUAAAUCUUUCUUAAGUAUACCACCAGCACAAUUUAAAUUAGUUUUUGAUUCGGUGGUAUGGGCCUUCAAGCACACGAUGAGAAAUGUUGCAGAUAUGGGUUUGCAAAUUUUAUAUAAGAUGUUGCAAAAUUUGGAACAACAUCCUCAAGCAGCACAGAGUUUUUAUCAAACGUAUUUUACCGAUAUAUUAAUGCAAAUAUUUUCAGUUGUAACUGAUACAUCACACGCAGCUAGUUUAGCCAUGCAUGCUGUUAUAUUAGCAUAUAUGUUUUCACUAAUUGAAAAUAAUAAAAUUGCAGUAAAUUUGGGCCCAAUACAGGAUAACACAGUGUUUAUAAAAGAAUACGUUGCAUCUUUAUUAAAAAGUGCAUUUAGUCAUUUAACAGAUAACCAAAUCAAAGUAUUUGUUACGGGAUUAUUUGAUUUGGAUGAAAAUGUAUCUGCAUUUAAAGAGCAUUUGAGAGAUUUCUUGAUUCAAAUUCGUGAGGUUACUGGUGAAGAUGAUUCAGAUCUAUAUCUUGAAGAACGAGAAGCUGCCUUACGUGAAGAACAAACAAAUAAACGACUUAUGCAACGUAAUAUACCUGGUAUGAUAAAUCCUCAUGAAUUGCCUGAAGACAUGCAAGAUGAAUAAUGCUACAUCGUAUGCAAAAAUACGCUCUCACAAAUUGAAUAUAAACAUUUUUUUUGCUAAAACAGAAUACUAAAACUAUAUAAAUGAAUGAUUAUAUAAAAUCUUUCAUUAGGAAAAUAUUACAAAAUUAAUAAAAAAGUGAAAAAUAUAAAGCAGCGAUUUAUUGAGAAUAUGAGAAACGAGAUAAAUUUGUAGAAGUAGAAAAUCAACAUUUGUAUUAAAAAAAAACAAAAUAUUUCAUGAAAAAAAAACAUUUUUAUUCUUUUUUAUAUAUAUAAGAAUAUAAAAAUUAAAUAUACACAUGCAGUGAAAUUUGCGAGAGAGAAAAAUUAUAAUUUAUAAAAAAAAAUCCUGUUUUUAGAAGUAUGUUUGGGUUAAAAAAACUUUAAAAUAUAAAAUAAAUGUUUGUAAUUAACCACAAGAAAUUAUGCUUGAGUGGAUGAUUUUUUAAUUAAACAUAUAAUAAUUAAGUGAAUGUAAGAAAAAAAAAAUUAAUUUGUGCACAUACACUCAUAGAUGCUUUUUAUUAAUUUUUCUAUACUUAAUGAAACAAAAAUUAAAUGCAUUUUAAAUGAUUUCAUUUUUUUUUUAUGAUUUGAUUAAAUUUAUUCCAAUAUUUUUUUUUUGUUUUCUUAAUUGUAUAUAAUAUAUUUACAAUCUGUAUUUGAAUAUUUCAUUGGUUGUAAUUAUGUUAAAUGGAAAAAUAUUAUAAAAAGUAAAAUCAGAAUGUUUCGGUAAUCAAUGUUUUUAUUUUUCCACAUUUUUUUUUUGACAUUUUAUUAAAGCGCAGUUUAUAAUUAACAUGAAGUAAUUUAUCAUUUAUUUAUGCUUUGAACACAUUUGUAAAUUUUGAUAUUAGGUUAAACUAUUACGUAAAAACUUUAAUGGAAUCAUUUUAUACUAAUUUUUUGUUGCUAAAACAUUAAUUCACUAAUUUUUUAAUAUAAAAUUAGUAUUAAAAAACUUUCUUUUUAAAUUUCAUUUACAGAAUCUAAUUUUUUUUUUUGUAAUUUCUCGAAAAUGUAAGUUAAAUAAUACCAAUUUUUUUAUUGUAGUUUUUAAUUUCUUUAUAAUUUUAACUAUGUAAACAUUAUUCAACGCUAUUUAUAUGGCAGAUUAUUUAGAAAUUAUUUUUCUUAUUAAAUUUUAAUUAAAUAUGUAAUAAUUUUGCAGAAUUAAAAUAAAAUUAAGUUAUCUGCAUUAUUUGUAGGAGUUUAUAUUAUUUUGAAAUUAUAAAGAAUUUAAAUAAUUUUUAUGUAAUUUUUAUACAUUUAAAGACAAUCUUUUAUUCCCGUUUAGCUUUUUCAAAAAUUUAAUAAUUUUCAAUAUUUAUAAAUUUACAUUUUCAAUUACAAUUUAAAGUUCUAUCCAAUGUUCUAAAGGAAAACAAUUAUUUUCAAUUAUUUAACAAUAAUUAUAAACAUAAAUUAUUAAUAAGAUUUGUUUUUUGAAUUAUGACUUAUAAAAAAUUACAAAAUUAUUUUUUAUUUUAUUUUUCCUCAUUAUU